UUCACAGGUUGUUUCGUUUGUUGAAAGUGUAAUGUGUAUUUGUAAAUAUUAAAGACGUAAAUUAUAAAAGUGGUUGGAAAUUUACUCCAAAAGUGCAUAAGAACUAUCGAUAGUGAAACAUUAGAUGAGUGAACAUUUUUUCCAAUCGUUCAAGCCCUAAAAGGGUCUUCGGAUAUGGUGAUGGAAAGUAAUUCGAUAACGGAAAAAAUAAAUGAUGAGCGGCUGCGACCAAAGGCAGGCGGUGACGUGAUGCCGGAGCGGUCGGUGGCCAUGGACCUCGACCUCAACUACGCCGCGCCGUCCAACCUGGUCCUCACUCCGGCACCGGAAUGUCGCAAGCUCUCCCGCGGUAUAUCCCGGGCAACAGACAACGAGGGCCUCGUGUGGGCGCUCCGCAGCAACACGGAGCCCGACCACAGCCCGCUGUCGGACCACAUACUGCUGCUGCCGGACAUAUCUGUCUAUCCGCCGGACUUCAGGAUAUACAUCGAGAAAGAUCUCCUCGAGACAGCCACACUAGUCACUUUAGAAUCAGCGAAUAUCCUCAACUGGUGGCGAACGGGCCGCGUUCCCGGAGCUCCUAGACUAUUGCCGUUAGCGACAUCUGGUGACGGCAACUGUUUGCCACAUGCUGCCAGCUUAGCGGCUUAUGGCUUCCACGACAGACUGCUGGCUUUGAGGACGAAGCUGCAAGCUUUAUUGUCGGGAGAAAAUGGAGAGGCGUUGUCAAGGGCGAUCGAGCGGCGAUGGCGGUGGUCGGAAAGCCAGUCGCUUCGCGCAGCCGGCUUGCGGCUGUCAGAGGCGGAGUGGCGGCGCGAGUGGGCGGACGCGGUGCGGGCGGCGUCAGCGGAGCCCCGUCCUCGCGCCCCCGCCGCCGCGCCGCAUUAUGCGGCUUUGGAGCACUUACACGUGUUUGCGUUAGCGCACGUUAUGAGACGACCGGUGAUUGUGUUCGCUGACGUCGCUUUGAGGGACUACAGCGGCGAGCCAGUAGCUCCAAUCCCCUUCGGUGGCAUCUACUUGCCACUGGAGUUGCCACCGUCACAAUGCGGCCGCUGUCCAGUGCUGCUGGCUUACGACGCUGGCCACUUCUCGGCUCUGGUGCCAACGGAACCCCUACCCAGAGACGGAGCCAGGGUUCCCUUGGAAGACCACGCAGGAAACCAUAUGCCCAUACGAUUCAACGUAGACCCGGGAGAUGAUUUUAACUGGGACGAGGAGCCAGACCAAAAAACCAUAAACAAUCUGCUACCAGACGAAUUCCAACGAAACGCCAUGCUAGCCGCCUACUUAGAUCUAGAAAGAGUGGAAUGCCUAGCUCCUCAACCGUCAGAGGAAUUAAGAAGAUCACUAGAUGCGUUGUCGACUAAAAGUUCCAAACAAAUGAACUCUGUGGUCAAACAGUUUGGGAGUAUUGGCCGAUCUAUGGGCAGUAAGUUGAAGAAGAAUUUCGGGUCUAUGGUGAAGCUUUCUAGCAAGAGUAACAAUGAUGAUGUUUUGGUCCGAAGGCCGUCUACUUGUGAGGUGUUGUGCUGCAGAGUGUUGGCAGCAAGAGCACCGGUACAGGAGGAAAUGGUGAAGAAUUACUUGAAUGAGGCUUGGAUAGGAUACACGACAGAACAAAACCGAAAGGAGCAAGAUGCGCCGUCUCAACCACGCUACGGCACAGGCCGGUCUCAGUUUUACACGGAAGCUGGCAACGCCGCGCACGCCGCCGCCCGCGCCGCUCCAUCUCGCUCCCGCACUACCGACCGCACGCUAUAUCUGUCUCGCUCUACCUUCUACGACGAUCGCCCCCCUUCGCCCCGCCCAUGCCGCGCGCCGCUCUGUCCGUACUUUGGAAGCGAGGCGUAUGACUACUAUUGUUCGCGGUGCGUGCGUAUGAAUUGAUAUCUGUCCCGCUCUAACACGUAGCGGUAUGAUUCUAUCUCGCUCUUGGGUAUGAUAUCUGCGAAAAUAUAAUGUACAGUGCGUAU